UUUCUUUGUCAAUCGCUAGGGGACUCUCGUGCAGGCCUGCUCUAGUGUUUGAGUUUUGAAGGGUGUGUGACUGUGAUUACUCGUCCGCGCCACUGUGUGCCGCUCAGGAUGUUGCAGCAGCAGCCUCUCACUGGCAACGGGCCCUCUAACGGCCGGGGCCUUGGCCUGAGCUCUCACCCCGGUAUGCACCCUCUAAACUCGGUUCAUCCAUCUUCCCACCACCGCUCCGACGGAGACACGGGCCACGAAGGCGCAGAAAAUGGACAUGAAAGCCGCAGAGACAUUGGCGACAUAUUGCAGCAAAUCAUGACCAUCACCGACCAAAGUUUGGACGAAGCACAAGCAAAAAAACACGCAUUGAAUUGCCAUCGAAUGAAACCAGCUUUGUUCAGCGUCUUAUGUGAGAUCAAAGAGAAAACAGGCCUAUCAAUGCGAAAUGCUCAGGAGGAAGAAUCACAGGACCCACAGCUGGUGCGAUUGGACAACAUGCUGCUGGCGGAGGGUGUGGCUGGGCCGGAGAAAGGUGGCGGGGCGGCAGCGGCGGUGUCCGCAGCCACCAGCUCUGGAGGCAUGUCUCCAGACAGCUCACUGGAACACUCCGACUACAAAAGCAAGUUGAGCCAGAUUCGCAACAUCUAUCACACUGAGAUGGAGAAAUAUGACCAGGCCUGUAGUGAGUUCACUACCCACGUGAUGAACCUGCUGAGGGAGCAGUCACGUACGCGGCCUGUGUCACCGAGGGAGAUUGAGCGUAUGGUGGCCAUCAUCCACCGCAAGUUCAGCUCCAUCCAGACACAACUCAAGCAGAGCACCUGCGAGGCCGUCAUGAUCCUGAGGUCCCGCUUCCUCGACGCCAGGCGUAAGAGACGAAACUUCAGCAAGCAGGCGACGGAAGUCCUGAAUGAGUAUUUCUACUCCCAUCUUGCCAACCCUUACCCCAGUGAAGAGGCCAAAGAAGAACUAGCCAAACAGUGUAGCAUCACUGUCUCUCAGGUGUGCAACUGGUUUGGAAACAAGAGAAUCCGCUACAAGAAGAACAUUGGGAAGUUCCAAGAGGAGGCCAACAUCUAUGCCAUGAAGACGGCCAUCGUGGCGACACAGAGCGAGGACUCUCCACACACGCCCAACUCAACAGGAUCGGGGGGCUUCUCACUCACUGGACCAGACCUUUUCCUGGGUGUUCCACCAAUGAAUGGAGAGCAGCCUGUCUACAUGGGAGCACAAACUAAUGGGAACUGGCAAGGGCAAAACACACCCCCCUCUGCCACUUCCCCAGGAAACGACCACUCAGGGGAGUCUGACUGAUGGCCCCGUCCACUUUGUGUCGAUGACAUAGAUGGAAAGAAAAUGGAAAAAGACUGAAAGAAUGAUAUCACUCUUACUUGGCUACAGUUUUUGUAUGUCUUUUCUGUUUCUUACUGUCCAAUGAUAUUAUGUCCAUGUUCAUUAUGUUUGUGUGUGUGUGUGUGUGUGUGUGUGUGUGUGUGUGUGUGUGUGUGUGUGUGUGUGUGUGUGUGUGUGUGUGUGUGUGUGUGUGUGUGUGUGUGUGUGUGUGUGUGUGUGUGUGUGUGUGUGUGUGUGUGUGUGUGUGUGUGUGUGUGUGUGUGUGAGAUGUUUUGUAUUGGGAUCAUGGGUUUUGUUUUCCACUACUUUAUAUGUUACUGUGGUAUGUGGGCAGGGAGGCUUGGGAAAUUGCAUUACCAUUGUUUUAUUAGGCUAUAUUAUUAAUGCUGUUACAAAUAUUUUAGGAUUUUAGUUUAAAGGUCAGAUAUUGUUGCAUUUAGAGGAUUGUGGGGGCAAUAGAGAAAAUCCAAAGAUUUUGUGUGUUUGUUUUCUCUUUUCUACUGGGCUUGUUUGUCUGUGUGUGUCUAUCAUGAAUGAAGUAUGUGUGCUGGUUAUGUUAACAGUUUGAAUGAGUAUAUCAACAGUGCUGUCAUUCUGUACAGUGAGUGAAAAACACCUGUAUUCUCUCUACCUCUUUUACAAUAAAGACUCUGUAUUCACA